AUGGCCUCCGACGCUUUCAGCGCUGCUGCGGGCACCGCAGCGGCUCUUCUCCCCCUCGUUCGCGCCCUUCUCCAAGACGUUUCCGACCAGCUCCGAGCGGAAUGUGGGAAGCCGCCUGAGCAGACCUCCGAGUGCAUGAAAAGGUUAAAGAUGCAGGCAGACAGCUGUGUCUCCGCAUUCGACGCAACUUCUCCCUAUAUUACUCAAGACGAAGACGAGGAUUCACAAGAGACUCGCUGGGCUUGCCUGUCCAUCCUAGCUGCUCGCCUGCUUUCCGAUCGGCUGCUGGGCACUGCUGCGGCCGAUUACCUCGGCCGAACGCUGUUAGUUACAUUGACAGGCAUACCGAAUGACGAGGAGCCCCUCGAAACUGACAGCAGAAAGCGGAGCGGAGUGCCGACGCGAUUUUUGUCGGCCGACUGGACGUGCCGUGUCACGGAUCCAGAGGAUGCAAUCAGGAGGCUCCUCAGUUCUUUCUGCCCUGUCCAGCACGCGAAAACAGACGAGGCGGAGCAAAGCGGUGCUGUCCCUGUGAAGAGCGAGGGUGCCGCCUCCGGAGGUCGUGCAAGGGGUUGCGCGAGCACGCCCAAGAGGACGGAGGCCUGCGGCGGCUCGCAGGCCGUGCACGAUGGCUCACUGACAGAGCGGGAUCAUUUCUGGGCUAGACAGUGCCUAAUUGCUAUCAGACGACUUCUCUUGGGUCGAGGCGGCCAUGACGCGACUGCGGCGAAUCGUACCCACACGGGGGCGGAAACGAAAACCCGGGACCAAACGAUGUCCAAGGGACUCGGGGACGGGGUUCAAGCAAUUAGUCUACGAGCGCAGCUGCGUUUGUCGCCCGUCCUUUUUGAAAUCUGCCGAGCUCUGCGGAGUUCCCGAGAUCCGCUGCUCGCGUUCUUGGCUUCACGUUGUCUCCUAUCGCUGUUGAAAGUUAAGGAUACGGGCCAUGUUCGCCUCCGCAGCUCUGGAGUGUGUCAUUCAGAAACAGGCGCAGACGAUAGUUUGGCCACGAGCGACUUUGGCUACGAAUCGGUACGGACUAGUGAGGAGUCCAAACGCCUGCUCAGCGCUGCUAUUGAGAAACCUCACGGUCGUCAAUCAAAUGUGGGCACUGAGCCCAAUGGCCCCGAUAUUGAUUUCUUCAGAGAGGCUGAGCUGUUCUUCGGAGUGGCAGGCGAUGCCAUUCCGGUAUUCGACGACGCAUGCAGUGCGCUGCAUGGGUGCAUGUUCCCCUCGUUGAUUUUCCUCUCCUCGUUCCUGGAACGACGGGCGCUUGCACGGACCCCUGUUCUUGGACGCGCCGCCUCUCUGGCGACAACAGGCUUUGCCGAUGCCGCAGAGUUCACUGCCAUGUUCGAGCGUCUUCUUUGGUCCUCCUCGUUGUCUUUGGCCGGCGGAAACGAGGACACGAAGAGCCUCCACGGGUCGCCAGAAGCAGAGCUCUUGACUAGGAAACCGUCGACUAGUUCACCAACGACAACCUUUUUACCCUUGGUGUCUACGCUCACAGCCCGGCUACUGGUCGACAAACUGCGUUGUUGCUGCGUCGCCGGUCAAGACGCGCAAGGGCGUUCACGACCUGCUAUUCUCAUUCACGGGCCCUCGGGAUCUGGGAAAACGUCGCUCAUUCGUUGGGUUGCAGAUAUUGUGGGACAGCCGCAGCCGCCUGUUCCAUUUUUCCUGGAUGAUCAGACGGAUGCCAAGACUCUUGUCGAGGGCCGCUGGUGCAUUUUCGAACAAGUUCAAAGGCUUUCGACGAACGUGCUGACACUCCUGGCCAACGUCGCCACGGAAGGACGGUUGGUGAUCGACGAGCAGCAUCGCGUAGUGCAAGCACAUCCCAGGUUUGCUCUAUUCGCCACCAUUACGCCUAAUGAGGUGGUGGGAACUGGCGGCCUUUCGGCCUUUCUCCAGGCACUACGCUCCCCAGCCACAUUCUCUCACCAGCUGCCGCCCGCUUCUAGCUUUGAUGGAGGAAGCAGUGGGCCUCUGGGGGGGGUUCCUGCUGGAGAACUUGAUGGCGCGACUCCAGCAUCUCGAAAAAUGGAGAGGUGCCCCCGAACAUCAACCCUUGCAUGCGCAACUCAAGAUGGUGCUCCUGGUGGCCGGGGAAACGCGAAGGCGGUCCUGCUCCAGCUCUUUCGCUCAGCACCAGAAACACCUCCUUUGCUGAGGCCAUGGAUCACGUUACAUGUACCUCAUCCGACGAAGGCUGACAUUCUUCGCAUCAUCGAAAAGUCAUUCCCGGCUGUAAACCCGAUCGCUGCGCGCGUUGUUGCAGCAGUCCAGGCGUCGUGUUACGGCACCGCGAGUGCCUCGCCCGGGACGGCGAUGCCAAGCGACGAGUACUGGGCAACGGAGCGCCAAAGGACGACCGAGUUCUACCGCGCCGCUGGAGGGCGGCUGCCUCAGCUACGCGACCUCCUGAAGCUCUGCAGACGACUGGAGAUCGAAGCGCAGGCUAUCGCCCCAUCGGCACAGGGUGCAUUUUCAGGCAAUCACUUGACGGAGGCAGUUCGGUUACGGGUACUCCGGGCGGCCGUGGCGACUCUGUUUUCCUGCAUAGGGAAUGCAAAGGAUCGCCUUGAAGUUGCGGCUCGUUUUGGGGCUGUGUGGCAUCUGGACCGGAGCCUCGUCGCCUACCUGCUCGAGGAGGAGGUCCCAUCUGUUCAGCUGAAACCGGAUCAUGUGGUCGUGGGGCCUUACACGCUGAUGCGGGUGACCUCGGCAAACUCGUCUUCGGGGGAGUCGGCGUCCAAGUGUAGCCACCGAGGAUCUGUGUCCUCGCGCCUGUCACACAGCGAGCGGCCAAAUUUGGCGGCGCCGACUCGCAGCGUGCUGAACUCGACAGAGGCUCGGCUGGGCAACGACAGUGUCACAUCAACGCAGGAAACCGUUGCUAGGACCGGUUCCAUUGGCUCCCCGUACUCUCCAACGCAUUCGCAGCUGCGUCUCCUGCAGCAGGUCGCUGGUGCUCUCGCUCACGGCGAACCGCUGCUGCUGGUAGGAGACACGGGAUGCGGGAAGACAGCUCUAGUGUCCUACGUUGGAGCGCUGACCGGCAAUGAACUCGUUGUCUACAACUUCAGCGAGCAAAGCGAGGCCGCGGAUCUUAUUGGGUCGUGGCGACCUGUUGAAGAUCCCGCACGGCAAAUCAAAGAAGUGUGGCAAGAAUGCAUAUCGCUUUUGCAAACGCAAGCUAGAACGGGUUUGAUGCCAGUUGGUGCGCAAGACUGUCGAGGGAGCGAGGAGAAUCUUGAACGCGAUGCAACUCCCACAGAGAAGAGGAAAAAGAAAAAGACAUUGGCGAAACAUGACAGCGAGAACGACAUCCGAGGGAGUAGUGAUGACCCACAACGACAGUAUGGCAAGCUGGAGAUGCCGCAGUUGCUGGUUAACGGACAGCGGCUGUUGCAUCGCAGAGCAUUCCUUGCAGUUCUGGAACUCAUUAUAGCCGUGGCGAGAGCAUCGAAAGAUUCAUUUGAUGGUAACGGGGCAGUGGCUGGCGGUCCUUCGUCUCGGGAAGGAGGGAAAAGGAGACCGACGAAGGGACUAAAAUUGAAGAUAGAGGACAAGAGGCAAGGGCUGAUGCACAUUGGCGGCGCGACCGCAGAGGUGGCCCAUGCCGACCGCGACCGUCAGCAUGGCGAAGAUACCAUCGCGGCUGUUGCAUCCAUCCGCUGGCAGAAACUCGCGAAUCAAUGCGAGCGGUUGCUACGUGACCCAGAGGUAGUCGGGGAAAGUGCGCCGACUCCACUGUCGCUCUCUUCGUAUCUCGUUUCAGUGGGUCUCAAGACAGACGCGUCACCCUUGGCGGGCACGCCCACGUCUUCGAGCUCAACGCCAAGCAAUAUUGGAGGCGGAAAAACGCAUGGGAUGAGGUCCCCAAUUCGUUUCAGUCUUCGUGAAGGUCUGCUCGUCGAUGCGAUCCGAACGGGCAAGUGGCUGCUUCUUGAUGAAAUAAAUCUGGCGCCAGCAGAUGUUUUGCAGCGUCUCUUGGGAAUCCUAGAUGAUCCCAAAGAACCCUUUCUGGUACUGGAAGACAGCAGCCGGGCUCCCGUUCAGCGCCACCCGAACUUCCGGCUCUUUGCUUGUAUGAAUCCGCCGCGUAUUAGCAGCGUGUCCAGUCCGUCUGGGACAUCGAUAGCUUCGCCCAUCAGAAACAGGAAUGCAACAGGGAAGGGGGGACCCAUUAUUGAGGGCCCGACAAGCGCUGCUACAGGCAAAAAGGAGCUUCCGUUUGAUUUCCGUAACCGGUUCACUGAGCUCUACGUCGACGAGAUCACGCAAAUCGAGGACGUGGUUGCAAUCGUCGACAGCUACCUAGUUCCUCUUGCUCCACAUCCGCCCUCUCGCUCGCUUGCCCAGGUGUACCUACAGCUGCGUAAGCUUGCGUCCGACUACCAGAUCUUGGAUGGCUCUCGGCGACCUCCGUCCUUUUCCGUCCGGACACUUGUCCGCGCACUGAAGCACUGCGUUGCAACGGUGCGAAGGCCUGUGUCGCCGUCUCCGCUUCAUGUGGCGCUCUCUGACGGUGUGCUGUCGGCCUUCGCCACGCCGCUUGCGUCUAGCAGCGUCAGGGUCGUAGAGGAACUGUUGCAGUCCACACUGGGCAGCGCUGGCACUAAAAGUUCUGAAUCUCGGGCGGCGAAACCGAGGGAAAAAGAUACAAGUCUGGCUGGGCGGGCUGACGUGACAUUGGUCAUGUCCAGUGACGGCCGCAAGGUGGAGUAUGUCAAGGUCGAGGGGUAUCUUAUUAAAGCUGGCCCGCUGCCCAUCGACGUCGACGGGGCUCAUGAACGCUACGUCGUGACGCCUUCCGUUCGAGCGCAGCUGCGGACACUUGCUCGGCAUCUCUCCGGUAGCCGGUCGGCUCUUCUUCUCGAAGGGCCAACAUCUGCGGGGAAGACGACAGUUGUGUCGUUCCUGGCUAAGCUGACAGGUCACGCGUUCCUGCGAAUCAAUAAUCAUGAGCACACGGAUGUUCAGGAGUACACGGGACAGUACGUGUGUGGCGAGAAGGGAGACAUCGUCUUCGAGGAGGGCCCUCUUGUCAAGGCGGCCAGGGAAGGUUCCUGGGUUGUAAUCGACGAGCUGAAUCUCGCGCCCAGCGAGGUUCUCGAAGGGUUGAACCGUUUGCUCGAUGACAAUCGUGAACUGUUUAUCCCCGAGACGAACACGACGGUAAAGGCGCACGCAGACUUCCAGCUGUUCGCCACGCAAAAUCCGUCCUGCUUGGGACAGUACGGCGGUCGUAAGAAUUUGUCGCGAGCCUUCCGAAAUCGCUUCGUUGAGCUUUUCUUCACCGACUUCCCAGCCUCCGACCUCCUCGUUAUGCUGCAACAUCGGUGCAAACUACCUCUCUCGCGGGCUCAGGCGAUUCUACGGACGUACACGGAACUUGCGACCAAGCGUUCCCGCAGCUCUGUUUUCUCCGGAUCUCACAGUUUCAUGACGAUUCGCGACCUUCUUCGGUGGGGUCGCCGAGUCGGGAACUCUCCGUUUACUUUCGCCGAAUCCGGAUCAGACAGGGAGCGGGGCUGCGUGAAAGGCAGUGCUGCGGCUAUGCCAAAUCGCAUCAAGGGACAACUCGCUUCUGAAACGAAACAGUCGGAGGCUGUCGCAGCGCAUGCCUCGCUGCCGGCUCCUUCGUCCAUGGAAGAAGUGGCGGUGGAGGGGUGGAUCCUGAUAGGGGAGCGUUUGCGUAACCAAGAUGAGCGAGAGAUGGUGCAGGAGGCCAUUGAGCGCCAUUGUCUCAAGUCGACCGCUCGCCACCCGAAGCGCCUUUCCGUCGACUACACAGCAGACCCUUACGUUUCGCGAUUCCGCACGCGGUUAGAGAAAAAAAUUGCUGGUGUGUUAUCCGCGUCUGAAGACUCCUCGAACAAAUGCACGACAACGCGCGAGCCGGCGACAGUUUCAGGACAGACGCCUCGGAAGGAGCUUGGAGCACUGCCCGGUUCUUCCGAAACGAAUGGAAACGGGGGGGGCAGUAGUGGAAACCAUCGUAGCACUGAAUCGCGGCUGCCUCCGUGCUUUCCCUUCGUCUUCACAGAAAGUUCGUGCCGCCUCUUAGCCCUCCUGCUUCGCUGUGUUGCAUUCGAUGAACCCGCACUUUUAGUUGGCGAGACUGGCGGAGGGAAGACUGCAACGUGUGAGCUGGUAGCGUGGGUCGAGGGUCACCGAGCGAGUGCAGCUGCGGAGUUUGCGAAGUGCCGCGAGGCGGGGGCGGACUCAGCUCCUGACCAGGCUGUACACAGCCCCGAGGAUGCGAACAAGGACACUAAUCUGAUGAGCAUGUUUAACUGCUAUUUGCAAAUGGAAGCGGCAGAUUUGCUCGGAGGCAUGAAGCCAAUUGGCAGGGAGAGAGUUCGACGCGCGGAGGAGGAGGAGCGACAGGGCAGAAGUAUCUUGAAACGUUUGCUGACGUUCAGCUGCGAAAAGGAUGUUACAUGUGACAUCGCCGAAAGUCCUGUCUCACAUGCAUCGCCGUCGAGUCUCCCGGCAGCAUUCAGGAAGUCAGCUGCCGCGCACACCGCUGACGCCUUCCGGUUCCUGGGUGGCUCGGCUAAAGCUGUCGGAGCAGCCGUGAGCGCUGCUGGAGGGGACUGGGUCAGAUGUGCAGAAAUGAUAUGUCGGGCAAUCAAGGCGGCGCUCAGACGCUCCUUAGUUACCGGGACGAAUGAGACCAAAGUUACCGGGACGAAUGAGACCAAAGCGGUGUCCGUCUGCAAUAUGGCCGCGCCGCGUCACCAGCAGAGAGGAAGCCGAGAUCCUGAGACAUCGACCGCGAACGCUACCGAGGGUCAGGACAAGAACGGCAGUGGGAAGGACGUCAGUACGAGGCAGUGGCAAAACAUGGAGAACGAGGAAGCCGAAGAUGCUGGCAGCAAACAAGCGAGCAGAAACAGGAGAAAGGCGAAGCGACGGAGAGAACGGGCAGUAGGCUCGGAAUUGGACGUCGCGACCGAGAAACUCGACAGCUCCGGAACGGCAGAGCCCCCGCACUCUUUGAGCGAACAGGCCGGGACACGCCCAGGCUGCCUCGCUCGUCUGAGUGCUGCACCAAGUGGACACUCAGACGGUAAAGAUCUGGCAGACAAAGAGGAAAACGCGAGUUCUGAAACGGACAGCGAUCGUGAAAAAUGUCGCGUCUACGUCGACGCCGUGAUGAGAGCUUGCACACAGUGGCUUGCGGCUGUACGCAGGACGCAGCAGGUUUUCGAGUGGGAAGAUGGCCCGAUCGUGAGGGCGAUGAAACAAGGCCAAAUGUUUCUUCUGGAUGAAAUAUCUCUCGCUCAGGAUGCGGUACUCGAGAGGCUGAACUGUCUCCUGGAAGACUCCAGAGAAAUCGUGCUCAGCGAGAAAGGUGGAGAUGUAGAGAUUAUCAAGGCUGCCCCAGGUUUCAGGUUCUUCGCGACUAUGAAUCCUGGGGGCGACUUCGGCAAGCGAGAAUUGUCUCCAGCUCUCCGGAACAGACUGACUGAAAUCUAUGUUCCUUCUUUUGACUUUGAGUCCGAGGACGCCGUAGCCCUCGUUAACCGUCGACUCUUAUCGACGGCGUGCGACUUCGUGAUCCGAAAGCUUGCCCAAUUAGAGACGCGACUCGCUGCCGACGAGGGAGCUAAUGCCAAGAAGGGGAUCAGCCAAGAGGCCAAUGGAAGUAUGGCGCUAUCGCCGUCUGCAAGGCUACCUCAGAAACAGACGGACAACGCAACAAGCUGCACGGGGGUGACGGUUGUCUCUGACGAGGACUGCCGUACAGAAGCUUGUUUGACGGCUGUGUCGUCGGCGGUGCUCAAGGUAUUGGCAUGGUUCGGUCGCCACGCUCAGCGAGGCACGUCGGUGCGUGAUAUUUUAAGCUGGGUGUCUUUCAUGGACGCGUUCGUGAGUCAACAGACCCGACUUCUCGAGUCGUUGGACAGGGAGAGGGAGCGCGCCAUGGUAGUUGGAGCGAGUGCCGAUGGCAGGAGUUCCGCCGCGCACCUGGUCACUCAAGCUUCGGCGUGGGCGUUAAUUGAGGGAUUUGUACACGGAGGGUGCACGACCCUUUUAGAUGGUCUUGGAGUUGGCAACGAAGUGCGUGUUAGCAGGAAUGAAUUGGUGGAUUUGGAGAUGCUCCUGUUGCACGGAGGGAAGCCUUGUGACGGUGAACCGGUGGCGCGAGACGCUGUGGACGGAGACUGUGACCCUCAGCGGACAAUUGAGACGCGCAUCGUAAGCCAGGGAAGUCAGAAACUGGCACGUCGGGCCAUCCUGGUGGUGCUCCUGAUAGAAGCGGCGAAGCUUCAGGCGUUUCUGGGGGUGACGGACAUUGAAGAGGCGACCCCGCUUCGCACGCUGAAGGAAACGGCGCUGUCCGGUACCAAGACGUCUUCCUCUCGAGGUGCCGGCAGGGAGGUGCUCUUGUCCUCGAUAAUCGCGCUUCGUCAGAGAGGCGCCCUGACGCUUUCCUGGAGACAGGUCGUCGAUUCGUUUGGAGAAGACGGCUUUGAGUGGGCGAGGCGGGCACUGCGAGAAAUGGCUGAGGGGAACUCACACCAAGACCCGUUGCCAAGCGGGGUGCCGAAGCGGUGGCUCAGCAGUCUCGCUGUUGGCCCGUUCCGGCUGCCAGGGAAGCACAACGCCAAGGUGGAGACGCCUCUGUCCUGUACCCAGAGAACCCGCGAAGGCGCGGCUGCGGAUCAGUUGACUGAGCACAAAUCGGGACUUUCAGCUUGUGAGGCCGCCGCGACAGCGCGCGAAUCCAGUGCUGAAGUCGCAGAGCGAGCUGGUUUCGUCAUUAGGUCACCGGCGACUAUUGUGACCCUGGGGAAACUUUUGCGAUGCCUUUUGUUGGUGCAAGGAGACGUUCAGGCACCGCUAGACGACGAUAGGAGGGAGACUGCAGAGGACGAGGCAGUGCCACGCCAUCCGGUGCGGCGCUCCGCGACUGGGCGACAUGCUGUGUUACUGGAGGGACCUCCCGGAGCUGGAAAGACCUUUGCUCUGGGAAUGCUUGCAGCACUGUGUGGACGUCGUCUUGUACGCAUGAAUAUGAGCGAAGAUUCAGAGCUGAGUGAUUUAGUCGGAAUGUUCGUCCCCUGCGGUUCUGAGGACGAAGAUCGAAAGGAGCCGUCAGAGCCAGCGGAAGUUAGCGAAAAUGCUGCGAAAGCUACUGCUGAAAACCAGGAUACCUCACGCGAGCGCGAGGGUGGGGCAGACUCGGAUAGCACCAAAACCGACACCUCUUCACAGUUCCGGUGGGUUGAUGGGGUGCUGACGCGUGCGGUGCGGAACGGAGACUGGAUUUUGCUCGAUGAGAUCAACUUGGCAAGCCAAGCGACGCUGGAGGGCCUGAAUUCGCUCCUGGACCAUCGGCGUUGCCUGUUCCUUCCGAGCUCUCCAGCGCCGCUCAUUGCCCCUCCAUCGUUUUGUCUGUUCGCAACACAAAACCCUGCGGCAGCACGAAUGGAGUCUGGCAAGACGUGGCAGGAAGGGAUGGACAGCGCCUCCGCCGAUGGGCGCGCAGGUGCCGAAGAAUACAACAAUGUGGAAGCUGAGCUGCCGGGGGAGGAGAAAAUUGGUUGGAAAACGAAUUUUAAUCGUGCGCCGCAGACCAGGGGAGUGAGCGGCCGAAAAGGCCUGCCACAGUCGUUCUUGAAUCGAUUCUACAAGCUGUCGGUAGACGACUUGGGACCGAGCGAUCUCAGGGCGAUCGCAUCGAACAUCAUCAAAAUCCGCCAGAACGGUGCUUUGUCAGAUCUGGAGAGGACGUCUACGGUCUUCUCUUCAUGCGUCGUUCAAUCGGUGCUGGCGCUUCGAGGAGUGUCGUGGGCCGGAGCCUUUCAGGGCCGAGAAGAAUGGGAAUGGAACGUCCGGGAUGUCGUCAAAGUGAUGCGCCUUAUUUCACAAGGACUUCCUUCUCGGGACUUCCGUGUCGCCAUUGCCGUCACACUCCUCUCCCGGCUUCGCUGCAAGAGAGAUGUUGACGCCGCAUCUGCCUGUCUUCAACAGUGUUUUGAAAUGGCAGGGAUCCACCCAGGCAGGGUGCAGAAAGCAGCAGACGGUGCAGCCCAAGACAGCGACCGGUUUUCAAAUGGCGAACGGCUUGAGUGGUGGAAUUACUGGGGACGCCGUUUGUUCGAAGGAGGAAGUGUGACCCAGUCAGUGGUGGGCGACAUGUCGCGUCAGCGCCUGUCAUUCGGCUCGAGCGCUGCAGCAACAGCUGCUAGCGCUAGGGGGAACCAGGGUUUCUUGGAGUUCUUGCGCUUCGACGGCAGUGGCGGCAAUUUGUGGAUAGGCGAGAUGGCCCUACCUGUGGCGGCGGCCUCAUGUAGAGACGCCGAGGGUGGACGUUCUCGAUCGGAAGCCGCCACUGAAGCAGCGGAGCCUCCGGCUGCCGCACCUUCCAACGACACCAUGGUGGUGCUCCUCGAUUCUCAGAGAGCGCUCAUCGGCGCUGUGGCCUGCGCGGUCAAAGCGCAGUGGCCUGUUCUGCUAGUCGGCGAUCCGGGAAGCGGAAAGUCGAGUGUCGUUCGCUGGCUAGCCAGCGCCCUUCGUGAGCCGCUGUGUGAGAUGCGGCUUUCGCCCACGAUGGACUCUUCAGAUCUUUUCGGUGCUUUCCAAAAUGUAGACGAUUUCGGAGAGUUGCUUGAGAUUGCUGCCCAGGUUGAUUCUCUUGCCCUGGGAUUUAUUCAGCAGUGUACUACUUCUCCAGAGGAAGAGGUGUGGCCUGCCGACGUAGAGCAGACUCUGAGCACUCUGCAGGCGGGUCGAGCACGACUGGAAUUCGUCAGAGGCUUUACUAGGACGAGUGUAACCGACAACGGCCGGGAUGCUCAGCAGCAAGGAGGGGACGGGUUCACAUCUCUUGGUGAGGCAUGCCGAAACGUACUGCGGAUUGUGAUGAAGGCCUCUGGAUUAGCUCCGAAACGCCCUGCCUCAGAGGGCCUUCAGCUGUCCCCAGGGCGAGGUAGCUGUGUGUGGGGUAGUCUUCGCUGCCUAGGACUGGACGCAAAGCGUCUAAAUCGACGUCUCGUGAAGCUGAUGGCAUCUAGGUCGAAACCGUCCACUGGUGCAGCGGAAGGCGGUUCGCAGAGGUUCAAGUGGCAAGAUAGCCCACUAGUGACGGCGGUUGAACGGGGGAGCUGGAUGCUGCUCCGUGAUGCACACCUUUGUCCACCAGCUGUCUUAGAUCGGCUGAACGCCCUGCUGGAAGAAAAUGGCGAGCUGCUUCUUACUGAGUCAGGACGGCCUCGUCGGUUGCGGCCUCAUUCGCAAUUCCGUAUUUUCUUGACAGCCGAGACCGAACGGGCGAAGGCUCUCUCAAACGCGCUCAGGAACCGUUGCUUGGAAGUUUUCGUUCAGUCAGCAGCAGGCGCCGCCACGCAAGGUUACAAGGGAGUUACGGACGUCAUAGAGGGCAAAGAUGUCGAGACGACCGCAGAUGCCGGGACAAGUGAUGCUCUCGCCCUGACUUAUUCCCUUGGUGACAGCCGCACUCAGACGUGCAAAGACGUUUCCAUACUCAAGCAGUCACCGACGAUACCGAGGCAGCUUAGCGGCGAUGCGACAUCAGCUUUCCGUCGGUUCGUGAAAGCGCUUCUUCGGUUUGAUGGACGGGAUAGAGCCUCGCGCGCCGACGACGACUUCCCCGCAGAAAGCUACGAACACAGCGCCACCCAGAGAGUUUGCUCUGCCGGCUUCUUGACGAGAUGCGGUUCAGCCUGGGUUCAGCCGUUGCUGGAGGCAAGUAUGGCACCUCCUUCUGUCGGGUUCGCCACCGAUCCGGGUUGGAAGCCGGGUCAGUCGGGGUCCGCAGUUGUUACUUUGAGACUUCUAGGAAAGUUCCUGGACUGGAGCAGAGUCCAGCACCGGGGCGACAACAUCCCAGGCGAGAUUUGUGAUGCGGCAGGACACAUGGAUGCAACGAGAAUCGCUGUUGCAGAGUUUGACGGGUGCGACAAGGGGACGUAUUUGCUCGCGGCUGCUAUGGGCGGAACACACGCUAGACUUAUUGGUCUCAUGGAGAAGCUGGCAGGCAAUGAGAUUCAGAUGUUCCUGAAGCUGGCACGUAGGGAACUCACUUCAAGGUCGUCGGGCACCAUCUACGGGUACACCACCGAGGGCGACUCUUUGCAGGCGGGCGAAUCUCUCAGCGUCACGGACGACGAAUGGGGAGCCACGGUACAUGGCUCAAGUGAGAAGGAACAAUCCGUCCGGAGGUUUUUGCAACAUCUACGCGAAGGGUUUGCGGAGCCUAUCCUUGCUGAAGGGCUCCGAAGACUGGCAGAGAUGGUGCAGCAAUCAAGUUCUGGAAAGAAGGCGCGAACCCGGGCGACGUGGGGUUGUCUGCAGGGCUGGUGUCAAACGUACCUUUCUACUUGUCGGUUGGCAGAGGCGGACCAGAAGGAUUCUUGCGACAACUCCACGCUUGUUGCUGACGAUGUUGCCGAAGACCACGGGACGUGCUCGGCUUCCGACCCUUUCCUGAACUCCAUCGAUUUCAAUCAACUCUUCACCUCAUUCUUGUGGAGGUAUGCCGAUGUCUUUGGCGAUGGUCCCGUUUGGAGGCUGGUUCUUUUGCUGCUUCUUCAAGCGUCUCUCGAGUCACAGGCGGCUUGUGCUGGGCUUCGGAUUGGGCUGCCCGGCGUCGAAAGGCAAGGCCCGCACGCCACUGCUUCUCAAAACCUGGCCUCGCGGCAGGGAUCGCGUGCGGCAUUCCACGCGGACAGUUCCGCCGGCAUCAUGCUUCCGGGUUCCUCGCACAGCCUUCUCCAGCCGGCCCUCCAAUACCUCUGCACAACAUCCUCAGCGACAGCCACUCUUGGGUACAUGCCAACUGGACCUGCGACGCAGAUCCGCACUGAGGCAGCGCUGCUUCUGGCCCUCCUGCACUCCCGCCGAAGCUUCCAGACGGACGGCGCGACCCUAGGCGACGUCGCCAUAGCGCUUCAGAUGAUCGUUGCUCACUCCGCGUCAAAAGCGGAGCUGUUGCAGCGUCUUUCGUUCUUGUCCGCAGUCUGCACUGCGUACAGCGAGCCCCACACGAGGACAAAUCUGGCCCAGGGUGCAGGUCGGGUCGGUGUCAGUCCAGGGGGCGAUGGGCCGUUGUCUCCCCAGACCCCACGCGGUCGCGCCCGUGGGAAACGGGAACGCAUCGACAGUGGGUCGGAGAGGCCGCAGGAAGAGGCAGAAUCUGGAGCGGCUCUGCACUCUUUCACGUCUCUUGUCGAUGCCUUGUCAGAGGAGUACCUGCUCGCAUCUGUCGAGGCUCUGUCGGGCAGCGUCGAAACCGCAGGCAGGGCCUUCACUGCAAUGUCUGUACUUCGUCAGCGCCUUCAGGGGGAUGAGGUUCCCGUCUCGCGAGGACUAGUCAGUGGCCUCCCGCCAGUGUUGGAAGCGUACAAAACACUCGCGUGCUGGAAUGUGUCGCACGAAGCGGCAGCUCAGGGUGUAGAGUCUCGCGAAGCUAAGUCUCGAACAAGACCAAGAACGUAUGUCGGAGAAAUGCCUGACAACAAGCACACCGCGGUUGACCAAGGAGCGGGGAUGACGCUGCCAGCCAGUGGCGAAAGCGACAAUGCGCUUGCUACAUCUGUAGAGGAAAUGCGUCUCCUUCGCAGCCUGUUACAAGCUUUCGAGGCGGCAUUCCGCUCCCUGCUGUUGCCUGCUCGAUUAGUCGCCUCUCGGCAACUUGUUGAAGCUAAAACGCGGACAGAUCUUGAUGCUUGGGCAACAAAAUUUCUCUCCCCUAGGUUUUCUGCUUUUUGCGGCAUUUCCGACACCCCACCUGUCUUUGGGCGUACCGCGGGGCCAAGCAAUGGAACAGAAAUGGAAUCAUACCCGGAAAGCCAGAUAAAGGCAGCAGUGUGUCCUGAACCAGGGAGCCAGGGCGUCGGCAAAGGCGCUUGCGCUUCAGGAACUCGACGAGGGCCAGCGUUUUGCGUAUUGCUUCUGUCGCACAUGCAAGCGACUGGAAUACCUUUUCACUGGGAGAUGAAACGGUAUUCCCACCACGAGAAUGCGGAGAGCUUUGCAGGACAUGCAGAUGCUGUUUUCUCUCUCGUGACGCCGGCGUUUCUCCUUUCGUUACACGAUGCACUUAUGCGGGCGUAUGACCACUUGGUUUCAGAAAUUACCGUGCACUUUACAAACCCUCGCCGUUGCUCCGUUGUCACUCUUGAUGCUCGGCGACUUGAUGGGAGCGGGCUGCAAAUGCGUGAUGCGAUUCGGAAGCACACUGCGGGUCUGGCCGUACUGACAGAGUCAUUUGUUUGCCUCAUCCACCUCCUCGAGCACCUCCUCAAAGCCUAUCCGUUCAGCGACCUCGUGGCGACCUGUCCGUGGGCGAGCCGUAGAGACCCUAACCUCGAAGCAGCCGUCGACUCACGCCGUGCCGCGGUCCCGUGCGGGUCGUCGCGCUUGGAUGCCCACAGCCUUGGUAUCCAAGAAGGGAUGUUGCUUCGUGACAAAAGGAAGGAAGUCGUCAGCAGGACGGCGGACGCCAAGUGGGCCAACGAAGCGUGGGCAGCCGCUAAACCCGCAGUCGCUCUGCUGCUACGCAGCCUGAUUCCAUCUGUGCUCCACGUGAUGGAUGUAUGCCCACAUGCCUUUUCCGACGCUAUCCUGCGACAGUCAGUGUUAACUCUCGGAGAGCUGGCGGGGGUCGGCCGUUGGACUUACAUUCAUUCAGGAGAGCAGGCGUCGCUGGCCGGUUGCCCACAGAAGACUGCGCGCGAGUGGAGUAUUCAGCCUGACCGAAGAGGGACCUCUCUUGCGAACCUGGAGCUUCAUUCUUCAUGCCGGAGGACCACAGACUUCAACAGCAUGAGGACGUCGAAUCACGUGGCGUCAGUCUUCCUGACUUGUCGCAUGCAGCCGCCUGUGCAUUCCCUUGCUUCGUGGCUGCUUCGUGCUCUGCAACAGGCAGCCGUGAUGGCGUCGUCAGUCUCCGCGGCACUUCCUGAUUCUGCGUCACUGGCACCAUCCAGCAGCUCGGAACCGUAUAGCUUUGACUUGGCGAUGCAGGCCGUCGAGGCGUUCGCGCACUCCGCACCUACUUUGCCAUCUUUGGUUUCCUUUCUUCAACGCGUGAGCAGGCCAGCGAUGGACAGAGCCGCCUGCGUAGGCGAGAAUGCCCCGAUCGGUGAUCGCGGCCAGGCCUCCGUAUCCACUCGAGCGUCCUUGCACGACCUCUUCUCCUCUCCUACGCCUCGUUUCCUCAAGUAUGCAGUGUCGUUUGGCGCUUUACUGAGAGCGUCUGGCGCGUGUUACGAGCAGGGGCAGGUAAUUCGUGCGCGAAACAUCGAGCGGCAGCUCCUUGGGUAUUUGCUGCUGGCGCGGUCACGCGACCAGGGUGGAAUCCGUGGACACGGCCAGGCGCUCGAGUUGUCCGCUGAUAGCCAGAUCCUUGUUACAGCGGGCGUCAAUAGUUCCCCCUGGGCCGAAGGCGGCUGCCCUGCCGUGGCGCGAAUCACGCGGCUGCACACCCGACUCGCGGUUCUGCAGCAUGCGUGGCUGCUUUGGCGCGCUGGCGCACUCGCUUUGGCAGGUGAAUCAGGGAAAGAGCUCAGAAACGAGGAAGCAUGCGCCAAUGACACGUGUUCCUACACCUCAACAGGGAGUGGCGCUGCCCCAGUCGCUAGUCUCACCCAGGAGCUUGUCCAGCAUCUUCAACUUGUCGCGCCCUUGUUCUUCCAAUCAACUGGGUGCAGCGGUUCGGGAAGAAGAGCACGAGGAUUGGGCAUGCCGAAGCUCGCAAUGGAGAUAGGAAACGAGGGUGAACAGUGGACGACGGGCAUCCGAGAUUGUUUCCCGCCAGCGUUAGUGGAAGGCUCGUCGGCAUUUGUAUCUUUCUGCUGGGAACUGGAAGCGAAGGCCCCUUUAAGGAAAAGCGAGUUGCGCGCUGACUCAGGAGCGAAGAGUUCGGCUCCCCGUAGAAGGCACCAGCAGACUUCACAAGGAAGGCGGUGCGUUGCUGACGCGACAGGACUGGGUCUGGAAGCGAUUUCAUGCACACUGGCUGCGCUUUUUGAUGUCGCGUCGUUCGCCGCUGAGGUCUCAGGAAGCGUGCGCGGGAACCCGUCACAGAUGAUGGUGGAUGGCGUUGGUGGCUGUAAACCUCGGAGCGAGGCAGACGGAGAUGAAGCGGGCAGAGAAUCUGCCAAGCUGCUUCAGGUUGGCCUUUUGCCGGUUCGGACCCUUGAGGCAGUUGCGGAUCUUGCCGGUCGCAUCUCCAAUUUCCUAGAGGAUACCAACAGGGAAGGCAAUCCGAUCAGUGGUGCCCUGACACUCGCCCCUGAAAAAACGGCGGCAGGAAGCGGUUUCCCAGCCGCGGCUGCAGCCGCUCUGCCGGCCGUGAACGACGGGCGCCUUCACCUUUCCCACCUUGAGGUGGCGGCCUCAGUCCCCGCCAUGCUAGACAGCGCGUCGUGGACAGGUUACACCUUCGAAAUGUGCUCCGAGAUGCUGGAGCACGCCACUGUUGCAAGCGCUCGGCAUUUGGUUGCCGCCGCUCUUCGGCUGAGACGCCAACUGCACUGGUUUGCGACGCAGGCCAAUAAACGAGCGAUUUCCGGGGCAAAACGCGGCCUCCGGAGCUUGGAGUCGAACGCCUACAAGAAGGAAGGCAGCUCGUCUGCACCUCGGAACGUCUCCCACACGCUGGCGACUAUCGAGCCGAAACUUCAGGAGCCGCUGGAUGAUGUGACGAAAGAAAAGGCCAGAUGGCUAACCCUUCUUGGAUUCUUCACGGCACUUGCGUCCUCAGCGCCGGAGAAUAUUGAGAAAGUGCAAACGGAGGAUGCUGAUCAGCGGCCUGGCCAUUCGCGUUCGGCAGAGAGUCUGGAGGAGAGUAUGGAAGGGUCGCGGCACCGGGGCUGCUCCACAGCAGCGUUGUGCAACCAGACGACCGAAUUGAUCAUGCAGAAGGUAAACGCACCACAACGAGGCUGUCCAGAACCGCCGCGUGCUUCUAGUCGGCACCGAAGCCCGAGCAUGCUGGACGCCCGUGAGACCUCAAGGUACCUGAGAUUGCUGGCGGCAGGGGACGCCGGCCACUCUCCAAAUCAGGCACCAGCGUCCUUUGGUGCCUCGACGCCCGUAGUGCGCCGCGUGAAGCUGCCAGAGGAAGCGUUUCCAGAGGAGCAGUUAGCAGCGAACGCUAGGCGCUAUGCUGGCGCAACUGCGAAUCUUCUUGCCGCAUUGGUCGCCCCUUGCGACACAGAGAGCGAUCGAGGGCUGCCGACCGAUGGACACGAGGGCGGAUAUUGGCGCGGAGUCCUAGGAGUGACGCUAGGCUUGUGGGGAGCGCAUGCGGCGGUUGCAGGAUCAGCCAAGGCGCUGAGGGAGCGUUGCUCGAUGCAGAAGCUAGCUGACGAGGCGGAUAGAGACAUUCUGCAAGUGAACGCAACCAUGGAGGCUUGGCGGCUCAUGGGUCUGCUUGUUGCCGGAGUGAAUGCACCUCCGGAAGUGGAGACAGCAGGCCUGGAGUCCAUGCAUCCCGACCACCCACGAGGGGACUCUGCAGGCAAGGAAAAAGGCGUUGGGGGGGCGCCGAGCACACCCAGAAGCGACGCUUGCGUCGGGUCCGACUCUCCACACACUGCAGCAACGGCUGUCUUGCGUCAAGAACAACGACGUAUGCAGCGUUUCGUUGCCGAGCUGGACCAGAAGAUUAAAAGCGGCAGUUUAAUGGGAGAAAUGCUUGAGGUUCCACACGACAUUUUGAGGUUGAUAGAGCUGCGGUGUUGCCCUGAGGUGGAGAGUUCACUUUGCCUGACCGGCCAGACUGGCGGUCUCCGGGAUGCCACCAUGACAGAGGACGUCGUGCGUGCAGACGGGACAUCACGGGCCACUGCGAUGGAAGUGGACUACGUGCCGGGGACGUGGGAGGGAAGUGAACAAGCCAAACGCGGCAGUUAUUUUGGACAAGCUGAAGCAACCGACUGCGUCAUCUCAGCGUUUCGAGAUGCCGCCGCUGUACGUGACCAGGACACGGAAGCGAUGCAGAAGAAGGCAGAAACCUUUCUCCUUACUUCCUUGUCACCAGAGACGCUGGCGGCGCUGCCUCUCAAUUUCCUUGAGCCGUUUUUGGUUCCGGAGUCUCACAGUGGAGGAAAGCUACGCCCCUUCAACACAGGCUCCCUACUGCAACCUCCCUCCGUUGACGCUCUUCAUUCUUUCAUGUCUGCUGUUGGAGGGCUCAGUUCGACGUGCCUGUCCUUCAUCGCGUCUUUACGUUCCAAACAUCCGGUUCAACACCUCCCGCACCGACUCGCAUUUUCCCUCUUCUUCUUCCUCCACGGUCUUCAGGAGGUUGUCUUGACGAGUUGUUUGCUGCGCACUGCGGCGCCGUCUCCCAUCGGGCGGUUGCUUCCUGUCCCCCCUCCGUCGACACAAGCUGCAGUGGCAACUGGGGUCCGGGCCCAGGGUGAGGAUAUCGAGGGACACGCGGCUUCUGAGGCAUUUUCUGGGGAGCUUUCCAUGCAAGACGGCAGCGGUGCUGCGGCAGCUUUGGUACCAGGUUUGACUCCUGUGGCGAUGACGCAUCGGUGCUGCGCAACGAUUGACUUUGGCCGAGUGCCCUUACAGGUGCCGGGCGCCCGUGCCGAGACAGUGUUUCCCAUUCUUGUUCAGUGCGGGUCAGAGACAACGCAGGUGGAUCCAGGCAUCCGCGACGCUUCAGAUCUCGUCUCCGUGUCUGACGCUGAGGGGCCCAAGCAUGGACUCGACCGGAAGCGUGAUUCAUCAGGUAUCCCUCUGCUGCAGCAGGCUUUGUGGCUGGUGCAUCGCGAGAGGGCAUCCGCGGAUAACGGAGCCUCGGCGCAGUCAACCUGUGAGCCGGUUCGCGUCGACAUGGGAAGCAGGAGUGCCGAUGCUACCCCCAAGGACGCCUCCGGCAUGUGGCCUGUGUAUACGUUUGUGGCUACACAGUAUCGAGACGGCUGUACCGCAGCGCAACGGCGCUGUCUUCUGCGGGCUCUAAGACAGCUAGCAGAUCACCAAAUCGCUUUGCGGCAUCGGGCACAGGCGGAGGAAAACCAGGGGACGAGCAGGGCGGAUGUCCUCGCCCGUUUAGCUGAACUUGUUGAGGACCGUUCCGCUGUGCCCGAGGGUACUCCUGCGACCGUCGCUGGACGGCGUGGAGCUCUGAAAGCCGCGAGACAGAGCGCGGUGCGAGAGGAAGUCGAAGAACUUUUCCCGUCAGGGGAGGACGAACUCACAGGUGCGCCAAAGGAUGAGGCAGCUAGCGACAACUUGGAAAAUGGAGAGGGUGACGGGAGCGGCGGGACACAGUACACGCAGUGGUGUGACACGACCGAGGCUGUCGAGACCGGCGAUUCACAACAGGGAAGCGACCAGGAGAACAGCAGUAAGCGUUUCGACGCGAGAGCUGCAGAGCUGUGGCAGCAACUGAUGGAAGUUGAGGGAGAGCAGAUUAGCCUCGUGGCCGACGAGCUGGCGGACCGCUCAGGGACAAGGAAUGGGCGCGGCGCCAAGGCCCCCGGUGUCGCAGAUCACGACGAAAGGCUGCAUUCCGGGCGGACAGCAAUGAUUGGCGCGCUCUGUCUGUCGAUGGUUAGUAAACGGGCGACGGCGCGUGCACCGACCUCGGCAGCACCCUUUCUCCUGACGCUCACUUCCCACACCGGGGAGCCCCUGCCGGCUGUCCGCAUUCCGGCUGCCUUGGACUCUGAAUCUGGGCCGUCUCUGCUUGCCCUCAUUCUCCGGGUCGCCUCUCUGCUGCUUCCGUCUUCUCCGUGCGAGCUCGAGCGCGAAGAACGGCAGCUGCAGGAACUCCUUCACGACGACCUUCUGGACGAGCACGGCGAGUUCGACAAGGACCUCGCCGUGGAGGAAGAAACCCUGCAGAACACGGAUUCGGCGCAGGCCUCCCAAGCGGAUGCGACGGGCGACGGCAGUCAAUCGACUCUGGCGGCGCCUACGCCAGAAGCGGUCGAGCGGCAGCUGGCGCUGGAGCGACGUCAACGUGAACGUGAACGCGCGCGGAAACUGCGGUUUUCACAGCUUCUGUCGGGCGGCUCUUCGUGGGGAUCGAAGAAAGGCCUCCGCGGCGAACUGUCCGCUGCAUGCUCGUUCUACGCGUCGGGGCAUCCCAGCCUCCUUCGUGCUCUGUGGCCAGCCGUAGAAAGGCUGGACACAGUUGCGCGGCUUUUCCUCCAUGUCGUUGAAGAACACCCUGCUCUCGAAUCUGUCCUGGCUCUGGUGGAAAAGAUCGCGAAUCUCUCACUUCUGCGAACGCCUCCCGCCAUAGCAGUGAACAUGCUCGAGGGCCUCCUCGAUCGAGCGGAAACCUGGCGACAGUCGAUAGAUCCCUACCACAUUGCCAUGCUGAUUGAGCAAAAGUGUCCGGAUUGGGAACUGCGAGACCUUACGGAGACAGAGAAGGAAGAGCGGCAGCGACUGGCCAACGAGGCAGGGCGCAGCGGCGUGCCUGAGGCGUCUGCGACUAAAAAAGAUCAAAGUGAAACACCGCAGACCGCGACACCCGAGAAAGCCGAAGCGCCUUCGAGACUCUUGGUGUCGCGGAUGUUGUUCCGAAGAUGGGAAGCAGCCGUAGCAGCAGUACAGCGACAAGUGGUGUUGCUGCGUCAGCGUCAACUCCAGGAGUGGCGUUUCCUGCGCGAAUUCCGGGAGCAGAAAGAAAGCCACGUGGCCGUUCAGUGGAUGCCGUUUUUGUGGUGUGCAGAAGCCGCAUGCGAUCCAUCACACGAUUCCGAAUCCGGCGACGACGCUGUGAAGGCAUCUGAGUCGCAGGAUAGAUCUCCAGCAGCGAUUGCCGCGCAGCUUCUCCACCAAAAAGCCGGUGCGGGCGCUCUUCUCGAACUUCUUCUCCAGUUUCUUCGCUCUGCGUCUCUCGGCCAGUGGGAGACUCGCGUUAAAAUGCUGGAGGUUUGCGGAGCCAUGCGCCGGGAUCUGUGUUACCUACGGGACGGCGCUGUCCGCCAGCAACGCCCGGCCCGAAAGGGAACAUUUGGAGCAGAGACGGGCAACACAGUUCCACAGAAUGUCUCCGACUGCCCCGCAGUGCAGAGCAAAGCUUCGGAUACGCCUCAAAGAACGGACUGCGAACUCGAGAUGUCGAAGGAGAUGAUUUCUGGGGCGCUGCUGCAGCACCUGGCCCGCUUCACUGUUGCUUCGGGGUGGACAGUUGCAGUGGAAGCGGAACUGCGACGAGCGCGCAAGGAGAUGGAUCGCAGAGUCCACGAAUUGGUGAAGCUCACACGCUGGGACAUCAACAACCGCGUGGCCAUGAAAGAAUCCAUUCACCGGACUCACUACGAGCUGCGAAAGGCUAUUAAGAAAUUUGAGGAAACUGUCAUUCUGGCGGCGGGUCCCACAGUGUUGGCGACGCCUGCCGCUGCAGCUGUUCUCGGCAGAAUCGUGACGUUUGUUUUGAAUCAACCGCUUGAGACUGUCCUUACCCCUGGAACUCACGCCGCCGACGAGAUGGACUCGUCUCCGGAGCAGACUUCCCGUCUUGGUACCGCCCUCGCAGAUGUGGUUCGCACCGUUCCGCUUUUCUCGGACGUGUUCCGAACUGACUUCGGCGUCCAGAGUGGCCGCUCCAACCAGGUCGAUCCAGCCUCGAAUUCUCUGAGGCCGUCGCUUUCAUCGGACCCUUUCAUUGUCCAACUGUUUGGCGGCGCUGCGCUGGUAGAUACGACGAUGACAGAUCUCGCGCAUGAGUUUGCAGCCUUGUCAUCCGAGUUCUCUCGAGCUCGAGACGGUCUUGAAACUGCUGCAGCCGCAGGCGCCGGCCGUGAAACUGAAGAGGAGGCUGCGAGUGCCGCAGAGCCUCCCAUUAGUCGACAGCAACUGCAGCGGAUGUACUUGACGUUUAAACAAUCUCUACAGUCUACCUUGAAGGUGCCUGUCUUAAGGACGGCAGCGUCUUCGUCGCUGGUAGUCCUGGCGCUUUCGGACGACACGGGGCUUCCUUCUGCGUCUCCACAUCCGCUGACCAGCGGCUGCUUCCUUGAGGCUGUCGAUCCUACCGCGCGUGCUGGUGCGCGUCUCGCUUUCUCCCCAAAGUCUCCCAGUGACAAGGCGCCACCUUUCUCACUCGACAAGGUCACCGCUCAGGGACACCGAAACUUCUCCGUGGCCUUACUUCCCAGUCUCCUCGUCCCAACCUGGAAGUCAGCUUCCAGACACUGGUACCCGCAAUUGCAAGUAUUCUGGCAACUCCUCCGACUCUCGACUCCUCACCGGGAUGUGGUCCAGGACCGUCCGCUUCUCCUAGGUCUGCUAGCCUCUUUACUCCUUCAACAAAGUCAGCAGCGGCGCCGUUGCUGGACAGCCGCCGCGGGCUUGCAGCGCGCGAUCGAUUUUCUUGAAGUGAGCUGUGCGGGGCCGACCGUGGCGCUCACUAGGGAAGCCUUCGAACGCCUUCUGGAGGCACUGGAACGCACCAGAGAGGCGUUGGAGCAGUGCAGACUGAUUCUCCUCUCUCCUGAAGAGGCUGGGCGCUACAGGGACUGUGCACCAUCAGCGCGAACAGGGGAAGGCCAGAAUCAAGGAGAGGGACGGGAAACAGGACAAGGGACUGACGCACGUGCCAUGAAGAGCGACCGAAGUGGAUCGAGCAUACCGAACGCGCUCUGCGGUGGACAGCCGUGGGAACUGGAUGAGAAUGCCGUGGAGACUGUUGAUGGACCGGUCGAGAGGGGAGAGUGGGAGGCGGAACGUCGGCGACUUCAGGACUCACAUGUCCUUCUACAGGACUGUGUGGACGCAGCAAGGAACACGCAGCAACUCCUCCUGCAGUCGCCUGAGUGGAGAGUGACUCGAUACAUGGCUGAGGGAAGAACCGCCGCAAAAGACGUGCUUCGGGCCCGCUGCCAAGUCUCGCAGGAAACGCCUGAUCCCCCCAUUGGCGCUGUGCGUGUCCGGGUGUCUCUGUUGCGAGAGUUGCGACAGCGCUGCGUCGCCGUGGAACAGCGCCUGCUUCAUGAGGCGACCAACACGGCUCUUGCGGCCGACCUCCCGUCUGUUGCUUUGAGCGGCCUCGUCGAUUGCCUUAAACAGCAGCGAGCUUGGAUUGAGGCUCCCCUUCUCGCCUAUGAUACCCACGCAGAGGCGUGCGCUCCCUACGAGCUCGAUGCUUGCAGAGCUCUGAUGGAACGCCUGGGGGGAAUUCUAGGGACGUCUGGGAAAGCCGGUGCCGCGUCGACGGUGGAUACAUCCCUGUUUGGCGGCGUAUCGUCUCAGACUCAUCCUGUCCUGGAGCGUUUUCCUGUCCCGUCUCUAGAGGAGGCGUUCCCUUUCGAGGAGCUUGCUUCCGCUCUUCAGGCCUUUUCCCUCGACCUUCCCCCCGUAUCGUCGCUCGCAGCCCGGCCCACUGCUACGGACGGCUGUGCAGAAGAACGCGGGGCGGCCGUGAAGUUGGCAUGCCAGGCGGUCUUGAGGGGACUCGCACUCGUCCUGGUCGCCUUUGACUGCUUGGAGGGGACGAGUCGAAUCGGUCUGGCUGCGGCGCAACAAAUGCAGCUUCUCAUGGAGCGUGGCUUGGGAAACCUCGACGUCAAGGGCGAGGAAGAAGAAGCGACAAAUGGACAGAGGGACGAAUGGGUUGCUGGCACAGGACUGGGCGACGGGACAGGCGAGAAGGAUGUGACGGACCAGCUGGAAGACGAGUGGCAGUUUGACGGCGAGAAGGGCGGAGACGAGAACGAACAACGCGACACCAAGGAGAAUGGCGACAAGAAGGAUAAGGCAAGUUCGCGGAGGACAGGACGACAGAACCACUCGGAUGACGCCAUGGAAGUCUCUUUUGACUUCGACGGAGCGGAAACUGCGAAACCACGUGAAGAUGACGAACGCGAGGGGAGGCAACGGAAAGGCGAAGAGGAGCAGGAAGACGUCGAAAUGAAAGAGGGUGACGUGGACCUAGAUGAAGGAGGCCAGUUGGAGAACAAGAGGUGGGAAGGGAAAGGCAGUGACGAGGAGGACAACGACAGCGAUGAACCAGCCAAUAACGAGCGCAAGAAGGGGAAGAGCGAACAAAUUGAGGCCGAAGGUGGGGAAAAGGAGGGAGAGACCGAACUCCAGGCGGCAGACGAGACGCCAGAAGGCAGGCGGAAGCAAGACCCAGACAACAAGGAAGACGGGAAGAAAGACAUGCCGUUGGACGAGGAAGCAGACGAUCAGGAGGUCUCGUCGGGCGAUGCUGACCAGACAGAGGAAGGCGAAGAGGAGACGCAAGAUUAUAAGGUCAAGAUUGAAGGCGGCCAGGGCGACAAAGAGGAAGAGGCUCCCGAUGACCAGGAGGGCCUUGGCAAGGAUGAGCUCCCUCAAAAAUCCGAAGAUCAGGACGCGGGCGGAGAGGGCGACAUCGAGGAAGAACAAGACAAUGCAGACGAGUCGGAGAGUUGCGACGAGGCAGCGGAACAGCAAGCCGGUGAAAUGAACCAUCGCGGGUCAGAGGCGCAAGGCGAAACUGGCCAGCAGGAGGAUCUGGACGUCGAUGCGGACUUGGUCUGCGACGCGGGCGAGGAGUCCGAUGCUGAAGGAGAAGCCGAGCCUCAGGACUCGGAAGCCGUCGACGGCGCCGAGGGCGAAGAGUCUCAGGCCCAAACUACGAGCUGUGAUCAAGGCGACACAGGACGCAACGAGCCAGAGGCUGACCCAGGCGACGCAGGAGAGGAAGACUCAGGAGAGCAAGGCGCGGAUGCAGAAGACGACGCAAACGCGGACAAGCAGGAUCCCCAUCACCAGGGUCUGUUAGCGCCUGAGGGCCUCCAGCCUGACGACGAGCCUCCUCCAGAAGAAACCGAGCAGCCAGAGUCGGCUCCGCGACCGUCUCAGGAGGCAGCGUUCGGGGUCGAGGGCCAGGAUAGUGCCAUUCAGCAGUCUGAGGCCUCCGAAGCGCCGGCGACGCGUGGCGCAGAUGCAGCAUCGACUGAGGCCGCUGCUGGAGCCGAGAAGGACACAGAGAAUUUGCAAACGGCGAGCACGUCCCGGAAUUCGGACGCAUCGCCUUCAACGUCUGCGUCUCUUCAGCAUCCGUCUUUGCCAGCAAACCCAUUGGAAGGCGGCAGCAAGGAAAUCCAUCGGUGGCUGGAGCGGGUGCGACUCGCCGAGCAACAAGACAGCACACCCGAAAGCCCUUGCCUGGAAGAGGGAGAGAAUGAAGACGAAGAUGCCUCGCCAGCGGGUCGUGAGGACGCGCAGGAGCCUAUGCGAGCGGAACAGGGUGCACUCUGUGAAAAGGACGACCAAGGGGAGAUGGAGGGACUGGCCGAGAGUACAAACUUGCAAGACAGCGUUUCCAAGCAAACUCGCCGGGAGCAGCAGAAUGAAGGCAUGGCGGAGGACCAGGCUGACGAAGGUGUAGAGGGCGACUCCCUGACAGAAAAACCGGCAUCGCCAGGUGAUCCGGAGCCACCGGAUAUACGCAAGGCAUCUGGCCCCGUCGCACCCGGUGCGGAGCAUCCUGAAGACGACGACGGACCUAAAAGGGAACAGAAAGAUGAAUCGGUUGAGGAGCGUGGAAGGGAAGACCGCCAGGACGACAGGUCGCCGGAGGCGCUGCUUGAGGAGCUCCAGCCCAGAAGCGACGGGGACGGUGAGCCUACGGUGACUCAGUCGCAACCUGUUCAAGAACGCCAGGAGCAGGUCGAGGGCAACGCUGUUGGAGACGCAGAGGAAGAGACUGAGAACCAGGAAAAUGACGAUGAAGCUGGAAGCAAGGAACUCGACGGUGUCCGGGGGAGACUGACCGACGAAGAGGCACAGGAGCUUUGGCAACUUCACAAGACAGCCACUGCCCCCGCAGCAGCCUCGCUCUGCGAGGCUCUCAGACUGGCCCUGGAGCCGACGCGUGCGGGAGGCUGGGAAGGGGGGUAUCGUUCCGGAAAAAAGCUGCACAUGCGUCGGGUGCUUGCAUUCAUUGCAAGCGAAUACCAGCAAGACAAGAUUUGGCUGCGGCGUCGGAAGAAGACCAAGCGCAACUACCGCAUCGUCGUCGCGGGUGACAAUUCGCGCAGCAUGAUGGAAGGUCGCGUAGCGCGGAAAGCGCUGGAAGCUCUCGCGACACUGUGCAGCGCCUUCAGCCUUCUUCAGGUUGGACAGAUCGGCGUGUGCGCGUUCGGCGGCAAAGCACCGGAGGUUGUUGUGCCUCUGUCGACGGAAGUGGGCGGUACUGAUGGAGCACGCAUUGCCCAGACCUUCACGUUUAUGGAAGAGACAAAAGAUAGCCACGACCGAGCGGUGGCGGAUGUUCUUAAGCUGGCUGUGAGCUUGCUGGAGGGAGACACCGGCGGAGAGGGCGGUGGUGACGGUGCUCUAAGCAUGAUUUUGAUUUUAACGGAUGGCCGCUUCAACAAAGGAUAUGCAGCCAAGUGGGUUAACAUGGCUAUCUCUCGAGGAUACAUCCCGCUCGUCUUGAUCAUUGACAAUCCGGCUGCCACACCGGCAGUCGCCGACUCGCCGACUGCAGACGGCACCAAAAAGGGUACCGGCGGAGAUGGAUCAGCGCAAAGCAGACGGAGUGGAGAGCGAAACACAAGUAUCUACGACAUGAAGCAAGUCAUUCAAGAGGGGACUGACAUACGCGUGGUGCCUUGGCUGGAUGACUUCCCGUUUCCGUUUUAUGCCGUCGUCCAGGAUGUGCGACUUUUGCCCACGGUGCUUGGCGACAUAGUGCGGCAGUGGGUGGAGGCUACGGCUCGCCCCCGAUGA